AUGUCGAAACCAGACCCGUUGAGCUGGACCUUGCGGUUCAAAAAGCACAAGACGACGGUGCUGCUGAUGCUCCCCGCCCAAGAAUCAAUCCCCUCCACCAAGGAGAAGCUUCACAACGCGCUCAAAUCGCGCAAUGUUCGAGAAAUCAACGGCGAUCCUGUCCCGGAAAACCCAGCCGAUAUCGAGUUUGGCGUCCCUAUCGACCGAAAUGAGCUUGAGAAAGGCUGGGUUCGUCUAGCCCUUCAAACCGGAGAGGCUGAGCACGAAGGCAAAAACGGCGCCGGACGUCCCAAGAAGGGGUCGCUGGCAGAUAGUCUACAGGGAGCCGAUAUCCGUGAUGGCCAGGCGAUUGCCUUUCGGUUCAAGCGAGCUUCUGGGGGCGAGGGCGACGGUGCCGAGUCAGACGAGGAUUUUGCAGACGCUGGAUGGGACGUAGUGCUCCCAUCCCUCGACGACGAAGAGCCCGAGUAG